UUUACAGCUUUCGCAUGUUAUUUGAUUAAAAUUAAAACCAUAGGCCUUGUCACCACAAACACAACAAAUUAACUCUUUUUUCUGUUUCUCUUCGUCGUCUUCAAAACUGACCAUGCUUGUAAAGUUCACAAUUUCGGAUGAAAUUUCGGGCUGUUGAGUAAACUGGAUAAAGUCGUCAAACGGAUUAAACUGAAAACAAAGUAAAUCAAUUACAAGAUGUUUGUCACAUAUAUUUGUAUAAGAUAAGAUAAGAUUUUAUUUUUACUAAAGUGCAGGAUAUCACAAAAAGAACAAAAGACUUGUGGCAUCUGUGAUAACCGAAAACUAAAUUUAAAUCAUACCUGAUUCAGUAUCUGGUGUAUAAUCAACAAUUGCUGAUUCAAAUGAAUCAAAGAGAAAAUCUGUCUCAUCCAUCAUCUGAAAUGGAGAAGUAUCUGAUGAAUGAUUUAAAAAGCAUUUUUCAGACGAAAUGCUCUACGAUAUAAUGUAGGUAUAAACUGGUGUAACUUAUAACCAAUUAACAAUAGAAAACACAAUGAUUCUAUAUCGUUUUAGCCCGAUUUAAAGUGCCGUUUCGGUGGCUCAUGCAAUAUAGAUAUUUUUACUCGACGACAUUGUACAUAUUGUCGACUUUAAAAAUGUUUUCAAGUUAAAAUGAAUAAGGAGUGGAUUCGUACCGCUAACGCAAUGAAACUGAGAAAAUUAGAAAAAGAGGAAAAUAGACGAAUGAAAUACGUCAAAAUUAGAUUGAAAACACAAACGGUAAGGAGAAACAAUCAUGUCGGAUGAAAACAUUUAUUUAUAUAAAAUGAUUUUAGAUUCAAACAUUUAAUAUUCUAAAUAACGGUGUAUCACCACUUAGUCAAGAUGAUCGAUGUCAAUUAAAUAAUGUUAUCGUUUGUUACGAGAGAGAAUCAAAAGCCAAUACUCAGAAAUAUCUAAAUUUUUUGAAUUCUCGAAUGACACUACAUGACUUUGUCAAUAAUGAGUGCGGCAUAUAUACAGCAUUUAUUUCCUAUUUUAAAUCCAUACCAGAAUUUCAUCAGUUGUAUAUCGAAGAUCAAAUAACAUUGAUUAGAUGUAAUCUGAGAUUAUUAAUGCCGUUAGGUUAUCUGGAACUAAAUAAUUUUGUAGAACAUCCAAUACCCAAUGAUAUUAUGUUACCAAUACAUGGUAAAGCAUUUCAUACUAAAAUGACAAAUAUAAACAAAAAAUUUGUCAUUUUUGUUUAUAAUUCAACGGUAAUUAAAUUGGUGCUCAUUAUUUUAUUAUUCAGCACUAGUUUACUCACUAUGGAUAGUAUGAGACUGAUGAACAUAAGUAUUCAAAAUAUUAAACAGUUAUAUGAAUCUCAAAAUUUUUAUACAGAAUUAUUAUGGAAAUAUAUGCUGCAUACAUAUGGUGAACCUGAAUCAAUUAUGAUGUUCAAUUUAAUAAUUUCUCAAUGCCUAAAUUUACAAAAUCUUACAAUUGAAAGAGAUGAACAAUUAAGAAAAAAGACCGAAUUCUCUACUAUUGUACCAUUAAUGCAGUCUGUUUUACAAAUACCGUAUCAAAAUUUUGUUUAG